AUGGAAGAACUUAUAUGUCCAUAAUGUCAUAAUAUAUUCAAUGAAUUCGAGAAUACUCCUCUCAUGCUCCCUGAUUGUGGCCAUACCAUCUGUCAGCAAUGCAUCCAAUUCAUGUUGUCCAAUUCUGAUGGCUAGUAGAUCUCUUGUCCUGAAGACAAUAUUUUGGCUAGGGGCAAGUUAAACAUCUCUGAAUUUCCUAAAAAUUGCCAGCUUUUGAAAAUGAUUUUAAAAUAGAGAUCAUCCAUUGAAUAACCUGAAUAUUAGUUAAAUCUAAACAAUUUUGCUAAGGAACGAUUCGAAUUAUGUGCUGAACAUCUAGAAAAGUUAGAGAUUGUAUGCUUAACAGAUAAAAUUCGAAUUUGUACUAAAUGUGCAUUAUUUGGAAAUCACAGACAUCAUGAAGUGAAAUCUGUCGAUGAUGUAGUUAGAGAAGUUACUCAUAAGGCUGAAAAUAUCAUGUAGACUUAUUAAAAAAUAUUGGAUAAGUAGUAAGAAAUGAGUGAGUCUAAGUUUUAUGAACCUCUUACAGAUAAAUUUUAAACAAUGCUAUUAGAUAGUUAGAUGGCAGUUAAAGAGAAAUUUAAAGAAUUACACCAAUAAUUAGAGUUAAAGGAGAAUAAACUAUUGGAAUAAUUGAGUGGUCUUACUUCGACUCUUGAAUAAUAGACUAAGAAAUAGAUCAAAGAUCAAAUUUAAUAGUGUAUAUAAUAAGCUGAAUUAUGGAAGAUCGGAGCUAAAGAUCGUCUACUUUAUUUCUCAACUAAAACAGAUAAUGGCGAGUUGCCUUUGGAUUUACUUUACAAUUAAGAAUUUAAAGGCAAUGCCAUAAUUGAAGAAAUGGAUAGAACCAUAAAAAUAUUGGAGUAGAGAAUCAAUAAUAUCAGAAUCAGAAAAAUAAGAGUAGACUUCAAAAAGGCUGAAAUAGAAAAGUGUUUUGAUACAAUGUGUAUCAUUAGACACUUAUAGUUAAAUCAUACUGAAAAUAGUCACGUUGAUACUAGUUUUACAAAAAUAGAUUAAGAAGACCCUCUUCUACUAAGGGAUAAUUCAAUAGCUGAUUGGACUGAUAAUGACGAGAGUUUGAUCACCUAAGUCGCUUAGAAUUAAAGUCAUAUUUCAGUCAUAUAGGCUAAGAGUCCUUUAAGAACUGAAAAUCUUACUCAAUCUCAUCAUUCAAUCACUCCUCUCAAAUGCAUUAAAUAAAAAAGUCCGAGUAAGGAAUAACCAAACAACUCUCUUUAACCUCCUGCUCCUGUGUCGAUUUUACGUUAAGGCAUAUCUCCAACUCCAAAAUUGCAAGAACGUAGAAAGAAAACAUUUAAAAUGAACGAAAAGUUUGAUUAAGUUUGGUAGGCCUUCAAGAACGACAAUUUAGAGAUUGUGGACUUCUCCAAUGCUGAAUUGGGGGAUGAGGGAUGUUAGAUAAUUGCUGAUUAAUUGAAGAUUUGCAAAAAAGGUGAAACAGCUGAAAUUGGCUAGGAACAAGAUUAGUGA